CUACGGCGUACGACGCGCGACACGGCGGCAACAGGUGACAGAGAGGGUUCUCGAGUAUAAAUACACAUACAUAUAUACACUGUCCGCGGACGACGAUCCUCGGGAACUGUUCGAACAGUAAAAGGAUCGAACCGCGAGCGUAGACGUAGCAGACGCGGACCGAUCCAACCGGACCACGCGUCGAUUCCCGCGCUUACGUUGGGGAAACUGACCAGACGAAGAGGAACAGACACCUCCGGUGCUGGACACUAAACGAUCGAGGGGAUUCGGCUCAGGGACGCUGAGGAUUCUAGGAUUUUAGAGUUUUUCUUGGGGUGUAACGAGCGCCAAUCGAAGAGGGGAAGGAAAAAUGAGCGUCGAGGACGCGAUCAACUAUAAACCCAGCGAGGAGGAGGAUUACUACGCUCUGCUGGCCUGCGAUGAAUCUUCCACGGUGGAGCAAAUCACAGCCGAAUACAAGGUCCUGGCUCUCCAAUACCAUCCCGACAAGAACGAAGGUGACAAAGAAGCCGAGAGGAAGUUUCAGCAGCUGAAGCACGCGAAAGAGGUCCUCUGCGAUCCCGAGCGAAGGAGCAACUACGACAAAUGGAGGCGUAGCGGGAUCGCUAUCAGUUACAAGCAGUGGCUCGGAAUGAAGGACCACGUUCACCAAUCGAUGCACUGGAGCGUACCGAAGACGAAGGAUCGAAUGCUGCAGGACGCUUCGGGCGAGGCGGCCGGUUCACCGGGGCACACCAAGGUCCAGCCUCCGAACGCCCACAGGAGAGCCUCAGAGGGCGGGGCGAACAUCUACUACGGUGCCCGGCGCGACAUUGGCUGGGACUCGGACGCGCCCAGCGAGGUCGUCAACAAGUUCCGCAACUACGAGAUCUAAGCAGAGACCGUGGGAGGGGGUGUGGAUUACCCAUUGGAGUCCGUGUGUCUCGCCAGGACCAACUAAAAUCACUUUAUCUACGUGUCUACCUUUGACGUAUAUCAAAUUGGAAAGAAAAAAAGAAUGCGAACCGCAUAAACGGGUAUUAUAAAUAAUGCCGUCUCAACAUGAACUUUACCGUUGUCCAACCGAGGGAAGGAAGAGCUUCUGGGGAUUCUCUGGGUUGUUUGGUGGGCAAUUUUCGAUCGGUGAGCUUGGGCAUACGAGACUCGCGGAAGAGCUUUUGGAAUACGUUUUUUUCGUUCAUAGAGAAGCGUUGGUGUAUCGUUGGAGAAGGGGAACAGUGGAGAUUUAUGGGAGCUAGGGUGGAGGUCAUAGAUGUGUUUGUACUUUGUUUUUGGACGAUUGGAACAGCGAUGAUGCCUGGAUGGCGUUCUUGGGAAAUGUUGAGGUUCAUUUCUUCUUGGUGAUUUUGUAAUCCCGUUUUUCAUUUGUCAAGAGAGUGGAUAUUACCGACAGUGAGUUGAAUUCUUAGAGACACUUCUGGUGGAAGAUUCAUAGACAUGGACCCCGGAUUGUCUUUGUUCUUGGAAGAACGAAAAGUGCUGACGUUGGACGGUGUUCUUGAAGAAUC